AUGAGGCUCUUUAAGGUUAAUCUUAAUUUGUGUCAAGAGGUGUUAAAAAAGAAUACUGAUACUACCAUCUUGAGAUCCCUGGCUAACGAAGCAACAAACAAUUACUAUCCUGAAGAUCUCUGGCUUCAUAUAUUUACAGACUACUCUCUACUCUUCAAUUGUAAUAAUGCAGGGCCAGGAAUCUCCUCAAAAUUACUUUUAUUUUACACUUCUGUGGGACAAGGAGCCGCAUUUGAUGGUGAAAUAACCACCAUUCGAGCUGCUCUGUCUCAAAUCCAUUGUCACCAUGACCAGUUUACAAAAGCAGUUAUUUUUUGUGACUCUAAGGCAGCACUUCAAUCCAUCAAUUCCUCUGACGAUCCCCAAAUCCUUGAAGUCAUGGACUGCCGACGACUCCUACGAAGCCUUGAGUCACACAGGAAAAUCAUUGUCCUUCAGUGGGAAACGAGAGUGCAGAUCUUUUGGCCAAGAAAGGCGCCUCAAUUAUUGAAAUUCCUUCCCGCGCAAUAA